UCUGAUGGAUGACACCUGGUGUAGUCCCAUCUUCUCUCGCUUUUAUUUUUCCAGACACACUUUUGAUCAAAUAUGAACUUUUACAGAAACGGCAUGGAUCACACGGCAUGAAUGGGAGGAGCGCCAUGUUUUUAAAAAUCGAUCUUCUCAGGAACUUGAUUGAGAUUUCCGUCCUCUCUCUGUCUGCGCACACCUUCUAUUUCUCCCCACUUGUUUUUUCACUUUUCACCAUCUUCAUUUCAAUAAUGCACCUCUCCUCUUCCUUGGAGAGGAACUCCACAGAGCCGAGCUUUUGGAUGAACAGCUCCGAGGCAAACUUCUCUCACGGGGGAAACGACUCCAGCGAGAGGGAGCAGAGGCAACGGUGGGAAGUGGCAGAGGAGGAAGACGGCGAUCAGCACCCGUUUCUUACAGAUGCCUGGUUGGUGCCACUUUUCUUCUCCCUCAUCAUGCUGGUGGGCUUGGUGGGCAACUCUCUGGUCAUAUACGUCAUCUCCAAGCACAGGCAGAUGAGGACAGCCACUAACUUUUACAUAGCAAACCUGGCCGCCACUGACAUCAUCUUUCUAGUGUGCUGCGUCCCCUUCACGGCCACCCUCUACCCACUGCCCGGAUGGAUCUUUGGCAACUUCCUGUGUAAAUUUGUGGCAUUCAUGCAGCAGGUGACUGUCCAAGCCACCUGCAUCACUCUGACAGCAAUGAGUGGGGACCGCUGCUACAUUACAAUUUACCCCCUGAAAUCGCUCCGUCACCGCACGCCCAGAGUAGCCAUGAUUGUCAGCGUGUGCAUUUGGAUCGGCUCCCUCAUCCUGUCCACACCGAUCCUGAUGUACCAGCGCAUCGAGGAAGGGUAUUGGUACGGUCCGAGGCAGUACUGCAUGGAGAGGUUCCCUUCCAAAAUUCACGAAAGGGCCUUUAUUCUCUACCAGUUCAUUGCCGCCUAUCUGCUACCCGUCUUCACCAUUUCCUUCUGCUAUGGUCUUAUGGUCAAGAGGGUUGGCCAACCUACUGUGGAGCCAGGAGAUAACAACUACCAGGUAUGGACCAGAUCCCCGGGAUUAUUUCAGGAAAAUCUGAUGCCUUGUCUUCCUCAGGUCAACCUUCUGUCCGAGAGAACCAUUAGCAUCAGGAGCAAGGUCUCUAAAAUGGUGGUAGUGAUUGUACUGCUCUUUGCCCUGUGCUGGGGUCCAAUCCAGAUUUUCGUCCUCUUCCAGUCCUUUAGCCCCGACUUCCGAGCUACGUACACCACUUACAAGAUCAAGACAUGGGCCAACUGCAUGUCUUACGCCAACUCCUCGGUUAACCCAAUUGUUUACGGCUUUAUGGGGGCUAGCUUUCAAAAGUCCUUCAGGAAGACAUUUCCCUUCCUGUACAGGCACAAGGUGAGGGACAGCAGCAUGGCAUCAAGGACGGCCAACGCCGAGAUCAAGUUUGUCGCGGCAGAGGAAGGCAACAACAAUAACGAUGCAAACUAAAGGAAUGCCAGAAGGUUAGAAGAGUUGAUACAACAACUGGCUGCUUUACAAAUGAGCUUUGAAAGCCAAAUGAAACCUAGUCAUUAAUUCAGAGGAUACUGGGAUCAUUUGCACAUGUUGUUCCCUUGCCCAAAUAGGCGGCGCUGGCACAUUUGGAUUUCAAUUUAGCAACUCUGUGCUGUUUCACGGUUGACUUCUUUGCAUUAGGAACAUCUCGAAAACUCUGAACUUCUGACAGCUGGCCAAUUGGAUAAUCGUGCCAAAUGGAAACUUUUUUCCCAAGGUUCCGAGCUGAGCGCCAGAAGUCAACAGCGUACGCUUUGUCAUUUGAUGUUCGUAAAAGAUUACGGGAUGUGUUAAUGGUGAAUUUUCAUCUCAGAUGUGCACAGAAAGAGACAAUCGUAAAUAUUCAUGCUUACGAUCACUUGUCACAGCAGAUUGAAUUUAAAAAGAACUUCUGACUUAAAGACUUAUAGGCUUUGAUAAGCCACAAUUCUUCUCUUUGACUAAAUAUGUUAUUAGAACACAUAAAAUAUUGCCAUUGUUUAAAUAAGUCUAUAAUAUUUAGUACAUGUUUUGACCUACGGAGGGCGCCAUGUUUUAUGCACGCAUUGGACGCUCGGGAUGAUGACAGUUUGUCACUGUCCCAAGACAAACAUUACCAGUUUACUGCGAUUCCUUCUACACGGCGAGACGUCCAACACAUGUGCACAACGGUUAAAAGCAACGACUACUUACUAUUUGUGAUUUAUUGAGUCUUUUAUUAGCUUUUCAUUGCCUCAAUAAACUGUU